UUACAGCUCGAAUAUACCGAGGAUCUUUGUUAUCGUACAGAAAUAGUUGACAGUGGAGAAUAAAUAACGGUCCGAUAAGAAGGCUAGUUUUCGUAUUCUAUACACACCCGGGAAUUAAUUUUCUCUCCGUCGUUUUACAUUUCGCACGUUUCGACGAAACGUGACACCGUUACGAUCCAUCGAUUACGCUUCACUGUCAAUUGUUUGUUGAAAUGCAGAAAGUUUUGUGAGGUUAAUAGGCGAGUUUGACAAGCGACCCGACGACAUUACACGCGAUAUUGAACUGUAAUGGCAAAAUGGCUGCUGACACUACGUUCGUCGAUCGUGAACUAUCAGAAAUAAUAAGAAUAGCCAAAGAAAAUAGGAUCUUUCAUGGCCAAACUGUCGAGAAUCGUGUAAUCGUGAAGGAUGGAGGAAAAGGUUGAGCUACUGAAAUGUCUCGAGGAAAAAAUAGACAGUGGCAAAGCGACGGUAGAUCGGCUGAAACUCGUAGGAAAGAUCGAUGGGGUUGAGAAACUCGUACGAAAGAUUCACCAAGAGAUUAGAUUUUUAGAAAAGGUACAAUCUACAGGGAAUGUGAAGAAAGAACAUCUGCAGAGCACAAAUUUGAUUCAUUUGAAUGCUAUUGUAGCACGGCUCUUCUGUGCCAAUGAACCCACCAAUGUUCUGAAACCGUUCAAAUAUCAGAAAUCACGUUUAGAAGUAGAUAUAGUAUGCAACGGUGGUGCCUCUUGGGUAAAAGUUAUCGCUAGAAAUGCCAGAGCUCUUACCUUGAUCUCAAUGGGCAACGGAGAAUACGGUCAGAAAUCUGUGCUCGACCAGGCUUCUUCUUUCUUGCAAUGCGCAAAAUGUUAUCCGUACCUUUAUAGACCGCCAGAAAUUGUAUUCCAUUUUGCUUAUGGCAUAGAAAUACCUUUAGCCAAAAAUUUGGAGCUUAUGGGAGUAGCUGUUGAAGGAGAUAGGAUUGAAUGCGAAGAAGAAAAAAGCAUGGACAUACAUGAUAUAGACGAAAAAUUCUCUACACGGAUGUACACGUCAGAAUUCAAUGGAGAACCAUUGGACGAAUCGAAAAGGAAUACAAACUCGAAUCUAGACACCCUUAAUGUUUCUCCUCUGGAAACUGAAAUAAAGAUCCUUAAUUUGGAUGUAUCAACUUUAUUAGCAUACGUGACAAAUAUGACUAAUGGGUAUGAUCAUUUUAUUUAUCGUGAACCGUUGCUUACGCAACAAGCGGAAAUGGAGAGAAAACGUCCAGUGAAGCCAAUUUUAGAAAGCAUAUUUAAAGAUAAAGAACUGAUAGUCUGCCAGACUGCUUAUGAAAAUUUCAUGAACAUCAUAGAUGUUAUUGGCGGACCUAAAGAGACUCUCAGGGCGAAGGAAUUACUUAGUAGAGUUCGGAUCGUGAACGAUAUACCCGCUGGCAGAAUCAUAGAGAAAUUAAAUUUGGGUGGUAAAAUCAAAGACAGAUCUAGAUUGGUGUUUGCCACCGGUGAAAAUACGAAAAGUAUCACGGUAUCGGCUAACGAAGGAUUUGUUAGAGCAGCACGUAUGCAGGGUAUUGAAUGCACAGUUUUCUUGCAUGAACCUAGAUCUCUUUCAGAGAUUAAAGAGGGCUAUGCUACAAAGAUAAGCCCAUCUUGAUACCGGUCGAACGUAUCCUAGAUCGUUGAAAAAGAAACACACGUACUACAUGAGAAAUAUUUCUAUUCUUUACUGGUCAAUUAUUACAUUAGGCUUGUUCGUCCACGCACCCAUCCGUACCUUCUUCAAAUUCUGCAAAAGGUGAAUCGAGUAAAAUUAAAAUAGAAAUGUUUCAAAUGUAAAAGAAUUACAAGUAUAUAUACCGUUAAUAAAUUUGUUGAAGUGUGGAUUUCUUUCUCUCGCUAA